GAAACCUCCUAUCACAACGCACCACCACUACCAGCAGGAGACCCAAGGUAACACAAGGCUGCAAAGUUUACAAAAAGCCUGUUGGACCUCUGAAAAUACAGGAAAAAUGCUCAGUGGACUCUUCUUCUUUAUCCUGGUGUCUUGCGUCACUGCGAAAGAGAACGAUGUGACGCUCCCAAGUUUAAACGACACCAAAUCUGCAGAGGCCUUCAUCGACUCUGCCGAAGUGGUGGUGAUCGGAUUCCUGGAGCAGGGAGAAGAAAGCCGCGGCUACAAAGAGUUUGCGGCAGCGGCAAAGCACGUGGAUUCCGUCUCAAUGGCCGUUUGUAUUUCGAAAGAGGUGUGGGCUGACUAUGGCAUUAAAUCAGACACCAUCGCUCUUUUCAGAAAGGCAGACAACCAUCAAGAGAACCUCGUGAUUGCUGAGAUCGAGCAGCUCAAGACUGACGGUCUUGUGAACUUCAUUAUUGUGAACGAAGUCCGCUACAUAACAGAGUACAACCAAGUGACAGCUGUGGGUCUCUUCAACUCUGAAGUAAAGAGACACCUCCUGCUCUUUGCCAACAAGGGGCGCAAAGAAUUUAAUGAGUUAAAGGAGAAGUUAAGAGCUUUGGCCCCGGAGUUCACUAACAAGUUCUUGUUUGUGGUCAUCAAUGGUGCUGAAAACUCCAACGUCCGCUCCUUGCGCUACUUUGGACUCAAAUCUGAGGACCUCCCUCGUGUUGGUAUCUAUGACGGUGACUCCGACAUGAAGUGGCUGCUGCCUGAGGGAGACAUUUCUACUGAGCGCGUGCGAGACUUUUGCAACUCUUUCUUGCGAGGGGAAUUGAAGGAGGUGAAACAGGCCGGAACAGAGAUGAAAACAGAGCUCUAAUAUUGG